GGCUUCAAUCAUUUGCGCCAGACACAACAUCUUUCAAAUCUUUCAAUUGAAUUCGAUUUCACAAAAUGGUUCGUAAACUUAAGCAUCAUGAGCAGAAGCUCCUCCGAAAAGUAGACUUCACAACCUACGCUUCAGACAACAAUCAUCGAGAUGCGGCUGUCAUACGAAGAUAUGCGAUCCAGAAACCUGGGGAUUAUCAGAAAUACAAUAGACUUUGCGGUUCCCUCCGUCAACUCGCCCAUAAACUCACACUUUUACCUCCCGACUCUCAAGUUCGUCUAAAGCAUGAACAGCUCCUCCUCUCUAAACUUCACGAUAUGGGAAUUCUUCCUUCUACCGCUUCCACUUCCAAACUUUCCUCUGUUGAAUCGCACGUUACGGUUUCCGCGUUCUGCCGAAGACGUUUACCCGUUGUAAUGACGAGAUUGAGAAUGGCAGAGACAGUCCAGGCUGCGAAUAAGAUUAUUGAGCAAGGACAUGUUAGAGUGGGUACGGAAACUAUCACAGACACGGCAUUCUUAGUUACGAGAAGCAUGGAAGAUUUCGUUACCUGGGUGGAUGGUUCCAAGAUCAAGAGAAAUAUCUUGAAAUACAGAGAGAAAUUGGAUGAUUUCGAUUUGUUGUAGGCAAUCGAGGGAGAUGGGGUCAUGCAUGGUUGGAGUCUUGGAAGUAGGAAAAUUUGCUUUGCUUGGAGUUUAGGAGUUGAUGGAAUUAUUUGAAAUGGAUGCCUUGAGACAAUUCAUGGAUCAAAUAAGUUAUAAAGUAUGAUAAGAAACUAAUGAUUUCGAUGGUCCCCGAUUUCUGGAAAUGGAGUGUGAAUCAGUCCGAUUAUCAUGAUCAUAGAAGGGGAUAGGAAAUCAAGGCGACGAAGAAACUUCUCGACACGAGAGAAUGUGGAGGAUGGGUAACCUCAUGCUUGAUUUUUACCCGAGACAGCGGUAUAUCAAGGUUAUGAAAGUGUAUCUUCCACGGAAAUGCCAAAGUCAACUAUCUUUUAGUGGAAGACAACCAGGUUUCUAUGACUCCGAUUGACACUGUUCCGAGCAAAAUAGUCAACUUGGACUCUCUGGUCAAGGUUCACCAAAAAGCAGUCUUCUGCUAUCAGAUUCAGUUGCAGACAAAGUUGCGCGAAUAUAACUCCAUUAUCUGACAUAAUAUCACUUUUUUGGCCAAUCGGUCUUGCUUGUGCGAAGAAAUUCUUCUUUUUAUUAUAUAAAGCCA